AUGGAUCCGUACGGUGGAGGCUGGCCGGCUUCACCGUUGCGUGCCGGUGGUGGAGGCGGUGGCGGCAUGUACGACAACAUCUCGAACGAUGGCAUACCGAUGGAUGCGCUGGCCGAGCUGCAGGAUACGGGAUUUGAGCCGCAGACCAGAGCACGCUCCAACACCUGGCCCCUGCCGAGGCCGGAGAACUUUGUCGAGCCGGAAACGGAACCGGACAGCAAUAAGUGCAGUAAUCAGCAGCUGGCCAAUACCGGAUCCAGCAAUACACAGUUGCAGGCGGCCGCCUCGUCCUCGUCGAAGAAAAACUCCUCGCGGCGCAACGCUUGGGGUAAUCUGUCGUACGCCGACCUCAUCACGCAAGCCAUCAGCUCAGCCACCGAUAACCGGCUCACGCUCAGCCAGAUCUACGAGUGGAUGGUGCAGAAUGUGCCGUACUUCAAGGAUAAGGGCGACUCGACCAGCAGCGCCGGUUGGAAGAACUCGAUCCGGCACAAUUUAUCGCUGCACAAUCGCUUCAUGCGAGUGCAGAACGAGGGUACGGGCAAAUCGUCCUGGUGGAUGCUGAACCCGGACGCAAAGCCGGGCAAAUCGGUGCGCCGGCGGGCCGCCUCGAUGGAAACGUCCAAGUACGAGAAGCGCCGGGGCCGGGCGAAAAAGCGCGUCGAAGCGAUACGGCAGCAGGCUGCCCUUGGUCUGGCCACCAACCCUCUCAACGAUGCCACCCCGUCACCGAGCAGUAGUGUUAGUGAAGGAUUAGAUCUGUUUCCAGAGAGUCCACUGCAUAGCGGUAACUUCCAGCUGUCGCCCGACUUCCGCCAGCGUGCCUCCUCAAAUGCGAGCUCGUGCGGUAGGUUGAGCCCGAUCCAGUCGAUCGUGGGUGUUGAUAAUGUGUGGAACUACACGCCGGUGGAUGUGGCCGACCUGGCCGAUAACGCUGACCAGGCACAGGGUGACGAGCUGGAGAUAGAUAUCGGUGCGCUCGAUCAGCUGGCCGGUUCGUUGGCCGAUGAUCUGACGCUGCACCAGAACGAUUUCUUCAACGGGUUCACCCAGUCGACGGCGAUGCACAAUCAGCCGCCACCACCACCGUAUCAACCGCCCGCACCCUACACACUGAUGGCCUCGGUCGCCCCAUCGUACGGUCUCCCGCAGCAACAGAAUCAGUGUCCGAUUCAUCGCAUACAACAUUGUACCUGCAUGUUACAGAAUAAUGCCCGUGAGAGCAUCUCACCGGCGUCCGGAACUGGCAUGUCGCCCUCAUAUCCGCACAGCGAACCGUCACCUGACUACGCCAUGCUAAUUGGAUCUCGCGUAAUACAAAGAACGCCCUCGUCUAGUCCUCCGCUAACGCCAAAUACGAUCUGCGGAUUGAUAGCGCCACCGCCGCAGCAAGAUCCAACACCGCAGACGCUAAUGGGUCAAGUGAUGGAAGCUUUAAACAGCCAAACAAACAUCGACGACAUCAACAUCAACGUAGAGUCGUUUCCCUGCGUGGAUGAGGUGCUAAAGCACGAGCUCAGCUUGGAGGGAUCGCUCGAUUUCUCGAACCUGCCGCUCCCGAUCCACAACAGCUACGCGGCACCAAACAAUUCCAACUCGUCCGACUCGUCGUCCGGGAUCAGUGCGAUGACCGCACCGACAACGAACCAGCAGGCAGCCGCACACAACCACGGACAGUACGCGGCCCGGACAAGCGUAACGUCACCGUCCUGGGUGCACUAA